AGCGCGGCGCGGGGCGCAGCGGGAGCCAUGGGGAACCGUGUCACCCGUGAGGACUUCGAGUGGGUCUACACGGAGCAGCCCCACACGCAGCGCAGGAAGGAGAUCUUGGCAAAGUAUCCAGAGAUCAAGACUCUGAUGGGCCCAGAUCCACAUUUAAAGUGGAUUGUAUCUGGAAUGGUUUUCACGCAGCUGCUGGCAUGCUACCUGGUGAAAGACUUAUCUUGGAAAUGGAUUUUCUUCUGGGCUUAUGCUUUUGGGGGUUGCAUCAACCAUUCCCUGACCCUCGCCAUCCAUGAUAUUUCACACAAUGUGGCCUUUGGCAACAAGCAGGCCAAGUGGAACCGAUGGUUCGCAGUCUUUGCCAACUUGCCCAUUGGCAUCCCCUACUCUGCCUCCUUCAAGAAAUACCACAUUGACCAUCACCGGUAUCUGGGAGGGGACAGUUUGGACGUGGACAUUCCCACAGACUUUGAGGGCUGGUUUUUCUGCACGCCACUUCGGAAACUGCUUUGGCUGUUCCUCCAGCCUCUGUUCUACAGUCUGAGACCACUGUAUGUGAACCCCAAAGCAAUUACACGGAUGGAAAUUCUCAAUGCUCUCGUCCAGUUUUCUGUAGACCUCAUCAUUUACUACCUGUGGGGGCUCAAACCAGUUAUUUACUUAGUAGCAGGUACAAUUCUUUGCUUGGGUGUUCAUCCCAUUUCUGGGCACUUCAUAGCAGAACACUACAUGUUCCUAAAAGGGUAUGAGACAUACUCUUACUAUGGACCUCUGAACUGGCUCACCUUCAAUGUAGGCUACCACAUGGAGCAUCAUGACUUCCCCAGCAUUCCUGGAUGCAGAUUGCCCAUGGUGAAGAAGAUUGCAGCAGAAUAUUAUGAUAACCUCCCACAUCACCAGUCCUGGAUUCGAGUUCUGUGGGACUUUGUUUUUGAUGACACUCUUGGUCCUUAUUCAAGGGUUAAGAGACUGUGCAAGCUGGCAAAGGAAAGCUAACAGGGUAGGUCUGCCUGCUGCAGUGGUGUGUGUUUGUUCAUUGCCACAACUUCAGUUUUCUGCAGAAAUAGAAGGAUCUUUCUGUGUGCUGAAUUAAAGUUGGUGCAUGCUGCUUACGCCAAGAGGAUGAGUGUGAAAAUGAAGCCAUUUUAGACUACUGAUACUUUUUAAUAAAGGAUAUUUGUAUAUGUAACCCUCAGAAACUACAUUAGAGUGAACUAUGAUUAAGUGAACCUUAGGUCUAGGCUUAGAAUUAACUUCCUGGGACACAAGAGCCUAAGCCCAAGUUUUGGCUUUGUCCACAGGGGAGAACGUUUGCUGUGUGUUAUGUGUGAGCGUGCGUGUGUGCAGUUCAGGACUGGUUUCUCUUGAUGCCAGAUUGGAAGUAGAUGCUCUGUGUGCACAGGACUGUGGAAGCAGGGAGGACUGGCAUGCAGAAGUAAAUGAUACUCCCUGGAGAACACAAGGGUGCUCUUAGCUCAAUGUCUUGUUUAAUCUAAUAUCUCAUUAUCUUCCAAGAAUUGCUAAUAGCAGAGAUUUUAUAUAUGCAUAUAUGUUUAUAUUUUUGUACGUCUGUAACAUUAUUUUAGUAGCUGCGGUUGGAUCUUUAUUCCAGGGCUUUGUCUAAACCUUUUCUGAAUGAACUUCCAUUCUUAGAAUCUAAUACUGUCACUAACUGACAGAUCUGAACUGUGGCAAGGAGAAAUCCUUUCUUUAGUCUUCCACCUACUGCCCUGAUCAGCAGCAUGGAUGUGCCUCUGGAGGAACUGGGUGGUCCUUUCUCAUUCACCUUUUCAACAGUAUUCAUAACUUCAUGUAUCUCACCUUUUUCCCUACUGUAAGUCCUCUGGGAAAAGGAGAGGUUCUAGUUUUAAUUUUUCCGUGCCAAGACUCUUAGCAUCUCUAGUCACCUUUCUUGUGUCUCCUCUGUAUUACACCCCUUUCUGUGCAUGGGAGUUAGGAGUACAUGUCCGUGAAGACAUGGAGAUGUCUUCAUCUCCAUGGUGGUAUUUGUUCCUAACUGCUUUCAGAAUAAUGGUAAUUUUUGUCCUCUGUCAUUCAAGGGGCACAACUUGACAUUUGGGAAGCACAUGAUACUCUAGCUAUAUAAAAUUGCCACUGGUGGUGUUAAGGGGAUGUACCUGGAACACAGAGAUAGGGUUGUUUCUCUCGCUAUAUUUCUUACUUGGUGCUAUUGACAUUAACCUUCAUCUCUCAUCUCUCCCCACUGGCUACUAAAAUCUUCCUGCCUGUCCUCUCCAACUAGAAACUUCUGGCUAUCCUCAAUAAUUCUGCAUCUUCAAAAAUAUUAAUCAACAUAACCUUUCUCCAAGCAGAACAAUAUCUUGGGAGUCAAGAAUUCAGAUGCCAUCUAGUAAAUUCCCUCUACCAUGGAAAGCUGGCAAAAUAUUUCUGUCCUUACUAAGUGGUUAAAAGAGAGACAUAUAUAUAUAUAUAUAUAUAUAUAUAUAUAUAUAUAUGGGUUCUCUUGCCCUGUAACCCUCUAACAGUUUGGGUUUUUUUUCUUCUGGAAAUCCAUGGCUGUAACAAAGAAACGGAUUAUUGUGCAGCCUCAUUGGUCCCUCAGAGUAUGUGAUUAGACCUGGGAAGCCUGAUUUCCUCACUAAACACAAUUUUGUUCCUUCCUUCAGCAGCACUGGAUCCAGUGAGCCAGUUCUGUCUGUUCACAAGGCAGCUGAGCUAACCUGCUGCAAUUUGGGUUCCUCCUUCAUGUACCCUUUCUCCAUUUUUCUCACCCAUAUGAUUUUGGCAGUUGGGUAAAUAAAUACCCAGGUCUGUUCAGCAGAGCAAGAUCCUUUGUAAUACAGGGGCUGAACACCAGUUUAUUCACAGAUACUGUUUUGUGCUUUUGGAUAAGAAGAGCAAGAAUGGGGCUUCUUCCAGCACUUCAGCCUUCACUGGUUCCUCAGUGACAAAUAUACUUAAGACAUUAUGUCCUAAUUAUUAAAGCUGCUUCUCUCCCAAAGGAGGCAUCGGUGUGGGAACUUUCAUUACCUUCUUUGUAUCAGUGCUAAUGUCAGGGAAUUUCAGUUUUUUAUUGAUUUACUUCAUAUUUGCUGUCACUCUGAUCACAUAUUCAACUUCCCACGUCUUUAGCAGCUGUUCCUCAACUCUCUUGUCCAGCUUAAUAAGUUAAUAUAAAAACACAAUAAAGAUUAUGCUGUUUUCCUCAA